UUGUAGGUUGCUUAUUUGCUUUUUCUUUCCUAUUCUUUCGUUAAUUGUUGUUGUUGUUGUUGUUAUCUUCAACGAUAGCGUUGUGCUCUGAAGAAGUGUUUGAUCGCAGGAAAAGCUUCGUUCUUUGUAAUCUUCAGGCGUGGAAGGAAUGGCAAAAAGCUCGUUCAAGCAAGAGCAUGACCUUGAAAAGAGAAGGGCAGAAGCUGCUCGGAUUAGAGAGAAGUAUCCAGAUAGAAUUCCGGUGAUUGUUGAGAAGGCUGAGAAGAGUGAUAUACCAACCAUCGACAAGAAAAAAUACCUAGUCCCGGCUGAUCUGACAGUGGGGCAAUUUGUGUACGUCAUUCGCAAAAGAAUCAAACUGAGUGCAGAAAAGGCUAUCUUCAUAUUUGUGGACAAUGUUCUUCCCCCAACAGGUGCACUCAUGUCUUCUGUGUACGAAGAGAAAAAGGAUGAUGAUGGGUUCCUCUAUGUCACUUACAGCGGAGAAAACACGUUUGGGUUUGCAUCUCCAUAGGAUCUCUUGCUGGAUAUUUCGUUUUACCCAUCUCUAUUUCCCCGAAUAUUCAUCCUCUUAUUAAUUAUUAAGCAAGCCACCUAUGUACUUCUUCUCUAAGGACCUUUGGUUGGGCGUCAAUGUGUACAGUAAACAUAAAAUAAUGUAUAUAGUAUCCUUUCAUAAUAAUAUCUACUUGAUAACCUACUUUGAGAA